AUAGGGAAAAAAUCUCAUACGGGCGAGCGCCUUGAUGCGCGCUCCCGACGCAGCAGUGAGCGUGUUCGGCUGCCCAUACCUCCCCCAAUCGCCACCACCAACGCCAACAGCCCUUCUGCUUCACCCCCCUCCUCCCGCAGCACUUUCGCUCUCUUUUCUUCAAGCUCAUUUCCAUGACGUCUAAAAAGACCUGAUCGGGGGUGGUGGUGGUGGUGGUGGUGGAGGGGGACGAGAAAACGAUUCUCCGUUAUGAUCCUGCAUCCUAGUGAUGUGCUGGUGCGCCGAAAAGGGGGACCGCUCCGGAGCGCCGAGCUGCGGCUUCUCGCCGCUGCACUGUUGAGCUUUCAUCGGGGAAGCGGACCUGCAUCACAAGCAAACCUAUAGAAAGGAGGCAUUGCAUUCCGAUCACGUCUUCGCUUUCCCCCCUCUCUGUAGCCUCAACCACAGUUGGAGUAAGGAGAGGAAAGGCACAGCAGAAGAAGACGGAAAGAUCCGGCCGUCUUUAAACUAGUCGUUUUUUGGGGGGGAUACUCUUGAAUUCCGCCGCAAAAAAAGGCAUCAGUCGGAAGCCGCCUGUAUUUUCUCCAACCCGGAGAAGGAGAUGUAAAGUUGGACCCUAUUGAAACCGAUGCUGUGAAGUGGCUCUCGGCCGUGGCAGCGGCAGGUCUUCCAGGCAGGAUGCUGUGGGUUACUCUGCUAAGCACAAUAGCUUUGGGAUGGACUACGCCGAUUCCUUUGCUGGAAGACUCAGAGGAGAUAGACGAGCCUUGCUUCGACCCCUGCUACUGUGAAGCGAAGGAGAGUAUAUUUCACAUCCACUGCGACAGCAAGGGAUUUACAAACAUCAGCCAGAUCUCCCAGUCGUGGUCGCGGCCCUUUAAACUCUAUCUGCAGAGAAACUCGAUGCGCCGGCUUUAUUUCAACAGCUUCCUGCACUUGAACAAUGCCGUGUCUAUUAAUUUGGGGAACAACGCACUACAGGACAUCCAGGCGGGGGCUUUUAAUGGCCUCAGCGUCCUCAAAAGGCUCUAUCUGCACGAGAACAAGCUGGAGGUGUUCCGAAACGACACUUUUCUGGGAUUGGAGAGCUUAGAAUACCUACAGGCUGAUUACAACGUCAUCAAACGGAUCGAGAGUGGGGCUUUCCGCAACUUGAACAAGCUGAGGGUCCUCAUCCUGAACGACAACUUGAUACCUGCACUUCCCAAUUUUUUAUUCAGGUCGGUGUCCUUGACGCACCUUGAUUUGCGGGGGAACCGGUUAAAAAUCCUCCCUUACAAGGGGAUGCUGGAGUAUAUCGGCCGCAGUCUGAUGGAGAUCCAGUUAGAGGAGAACCCGUGGAACUGCGUCUGUGACAUAGUGCAGCUGAAAACGUGGCUGGAGAGGAUACCCUACACAGCACUGGUGGGCGAGAUCACCUGCGAACACCCCUUCCACUUCCACGGCAAGGACUUGAGGGAGAUUAAGCGGAGCGAGCUGUGUCCUCUACUCUCGGAUGCCGAGGUAGAGGCCAGCUUGGGCAUCCCCAGGUUGCCCUUCAGCAAUGAUAAUGUGUGGCCCACCAAGCCCUCGUCUAUGCUCUCCUCGUUCCACAACACCGCCUCCUCUGUCGAAUACAAGGAGAAACAUAAAACCCCAACAAAACGGCCUCGGGUGCAUAAGGCUCCGCCGACCCCGCGCAGCAUCUACCCGGGGCCCAACCAGCCACCCAUCGCUGCUUACCAAACCAGGCCGCCGAUUCCAAUCAUCUGCCCGACCGGGUGCACGUGCAACCUGCACAUCAACGACCUCGGGCUUACUGUCAACUGCAAGGAGAAAGGGUUCUACAACAUAUCUGAACUGCUUCCCAGACCCCUGAAUGCCAAAAAGCUGUAUCUCAGUGGGAAUUUGAUACAGAAAAUUUAUCGGUCGGACUUCUGGAACUUUUCCAGUUUGGAUUUACUACACUUGGGCAACAACCGCAUAUCCUAUGUGCAGGAAGGGGCCUUUAUAAACCUCCCUAAUUUGAAAAGUCUUUACUUGAAUGGCAAUGACAUUGAGAGACUAACGCCCGGGAUGUUCAGAGGUCUGCAGACCCUGAGUUACCUGUACUUCGAGUACAAUGUCAUACGUGAGAUCCAGCCAGCCGCCUUCAGCCUGAUGCCCAACUUGCAGCUUGUGUUCCUGAACGACAACCUUCUGCGCACGCUGCCCAUGGAUGCCUUCGCCGGCACGUCGCUGGCCAGGCUCAACCUGCGCAACAACUACUUCCUGUACCUGCCUGUCAGUGGGGUUCUGGAGCACCUGCAUUCCAUCGUUCAGAUUGACCUCCAUCAGAACCCUUGGGAAUGCUCAUGUGACAUCAUCCCACUCAAGCAGUGGAUUGAGAAACUUAGUUCAGUCAUCGUGGUGGGGGAGGUGAUCUGCAAAACACCCGACUUCUUGUUCGGGAAGGACUUGCGCUCCCUCGAUGCUGAACUCAUUUGCCCUGAGCUGAAGUUCUCAGCGCCUUCUCCCGGCGCCCCUGACGACAUGACUUCAACCAGCGACUCUGGCCUGGGGGACUCUCCAGUGAGGGCGAACAUACCGCUAUCCGUGCUCAUCCUCAGCCUCCUCAUCCUGUUCAUCUCGGCUGUCUUCGUGGCCGCCGGACUCUUUGCCUAUGUGCUGAGGCGGCGUAAGAAACUGCCCUUCAGGAAGCGGCAGGAGGUCGACCUGACCGGAAUCCAGAUGCAGUGCCGGAUGUUUGAGGACCAGCCAGCUGCCUCACCAGAGAAACCGCCGGGCCAUGUCUACGACUACAUCCCCCACCCUGUCACGCAGAUGUGCAACAACCCCAUUUACAAACCGCGCGAGGGAGAGAUCGAGGAGCAGUUCACCGAGACGAAAGAGAAUAGCAGUAAUUAUCGAACUCUGAUAGAGAAGGAGAAGGAAUGGACGAUGGCAGUAUCCAACUCCCAGCUGAACACCAUCGUCACCAUCAAUCAGUCGGGGGACAUAGCAGGCUUCCACGAGAACGGAGUGCUUUGUCCCACGGUAAUAGACAGUCAGAGGCCGACCCCCACAGUGGGGUUUGUGGACUGCCUGUAUGGCACGGUUCCCAAAUUAAAGGACAUGCACGUGACACAUGCACAUCCCCCGGGAAUGCAGUACCCUGAUUUACAGCAAGACGCCAGACUUAAAGAAACGUUGCUCUUCCCGGGGAAAGGCUUUCCCGACCAAACCCAAAGCGAAUACCUCGAGUUAAGGGCCAAACUCCAGACCAAGCCGGAUUACCUCGAAGUGCUGGAAAAAUCCUACAGAUUCUAACCACGGAGAAUACAUCAACUUUUCCAUAGCCCAAAAAAAAGAACAAUGGAACAAAUGAUCAAAUAAAGCAUGAUGAAAUAAAAAUAUAUAAAAAAAUUUCCCCCAGUCGCUUUGGAGGAAAGGCCAUACUCAGAUAUUCAAGAAGUGCCUUUUUCAGAGUAGCCAGCAAUGUUAUCAGUCCUUAUUUUUAUACGGAACAGGUUGGUUUGUGCCGAAGGAGGCGUCGGGAGUUCUAAACUUAAACACUUAUCCGGGCAGCGGCGAGGGGACGUCGCUCGCGCCUGGGUUACGCGCGCGGAAUGGGACGUCUCGAGCACGGAGGACACCUCGAGGCCGGGCACAGUUUGUAGAUUAUUGCAGUUUGCUGCAUGCAUACAACUGCAGGGGUGGGUAUCACUCAAACUAUCAUCCACAUAUAAUAGAGAUACUGCAACGCAUUAUUGUUCAGUGGUCUAUUUGAUUUUAUAUAUUAUCAAGGACAAGCGAGUUCUCUCUCAAGGACGCACCUAAGGAUCAACAUUUGUGAAUAUAUUAUGACGCUCAAGAUUUUAUGGAGAUCAACGCACUUUCUUAAAAAAGCUUCUGGAUAUUAUCACUAACGGCUUUGUAGGAAGCACUUUUAAUGUUUUCUCUCACAAAGAUUUGAAAAAAAAUGUGCAUAUAUUUAUUCUGUAAUUUCAGUGAAAAUUGAAUUGUAAAGGUAACGUUAAAUCAAUGUAUAGUGACUCUGCGUCUGGUUAAUCCUUCUUAAUAAAAUCUAUUAAAAUCAAAUAAAGGUGCUAAAACAUAAUAUUU